GUGGCAUUACAAAACAAACAAACAAUCAUCAUCUGCCAAACGGGAACAUUGCGAUUAUUUGAGUCAAAGUAUACGAAGUAUCAAUAAUAAGGUCACUCAGCCAAUAAACCAGUGGCCACCUCUGUAAGCUGAUCUAGAAGGAAUUUUUAAACCUUCAAGCUCCUUUAUGGAAGAUCCAAACAAAAUGGUGUCGCCUUCCCCGAAAGACAAUAACGUCGGCGAAGACGAAGAUCCCACCGAUUUGGACAUCAUCCGACUUCAGCUGAGGAAGCCCAAGAGCUGGAACUGGCAGCUAACCACGUCCAAAUCAUCACCACAUGUCUCACUGCCGACUGUCCAACUCUUGGACUACAAAGGAAGACUUUUGGUGGAAGCGCACGACGGUUGGAAUGUGCAGUCGAAAGUGUGGAAGAGUGGAGAUCCACGCAAGCAUUACCAUUUAAAGAAAAGUCGGAGUGAUUCUACAGCAACGAGUACCCUUUCAACUCUUAACAAACAUUUGGAGCAGAUGAAACGAGACUCUGAUGUUAAAACGAGAAAGGAAUUACCAACUAUGGCACCGCUAACGAAAUGUAACAGUGAAAUGAUUGGAAACCGAAUUGGAUUGAAUGGCUGCCAUCCAGGAGGACUCGUCAGAAACGCCAGCGCACCAGCUUGUCGAGAAAACCGUCACCAAAGAUCUCGUAGCGAUGAUCUGUUUUUGAGGAGGCUGAAGCAUAGUAGCGAGGAGAGUAUACGUAGAGCAGAAAUGGAUGGCUACAGGAGGUUUAUUAAGCCACAUCUAUCAGUGUCACAAAAAGAGCCUGAUUUACAACCGAAGGUUAAACCAAGAAGGAGAAAUGGCUUAAUGCAAACUACUGAAGGCGGAUCAUUCAAUGGGAAAGCGCUACAACCAGAGAUGACAGAGCUUCACCACAAAAGAUAUACAACAAGAACCAGUAGUGCAGGGACAUUAGUGAUUGAAGAAAGUUUCUUAAAACCUACUCAUCGUAGACGUAGAAGAACAGUUGAAUUAGAAGUGCCCAGAGAAGAACAUGAACUUCGUGGAAGGUCUUAUGGAUCAACCUCCUCUCAGCCGAAAGCUGUUAAAUCUGGCCUCUUUCACUCUCACAGUGAGGUAUUUCCGUUUGAAAGAGUUUUGGCUUCAAAAAAAGUUGGGAAACCCAGUGAAAGGGUGAAUGGAAUACAACAUUCCACUAGAGAAAGUGAAGCACCGCAGCAGACUCACAGAAGAGGAAGCAAAACCAGAAGAAGUUGCAGCAGCGAUUCUCUGGUAUUGAAGGAGAGGAUAGAGGGACGUGGCAGAAUUUCAGGUAAAGGGCAGGGCUUCGAUUGGAAAUCAUGCGCUAGUCGGUAAUGCCCUGUGCCGUUUGUUUGCUCUAUUAUCGUAAGUAUGCCGAAUUCUGCAUGAAUUGGUCAGUGAAUGUCUCGUAGUUACACGCAGCUUUUGUUUGGUAAAUUAGGGUUAUUUUAAAAUAAAAGGAAU